AUGAAAUUUGUCCCAGGAGUCAUUAUGAGCUUUUUCUUGUCAACUUGGAUGGUAGGGUGCGUGGAGGCCAAAACGGAGAACUCUACGCACCCCACAAAACUUCUAAGCUUUAGUGACAUCGAGUUAAGUGACGGCAAUACAACAUUCCAUGCGGAUUCAAUCACAGUGUCGCGGCCAAAAUCUCAGAAUUUCGACAAUGUGCGGAUUUCCCAGGACUUAUACGAACGGCUGGUUUACUUCAGCAGAAUGUGCGCAUUAACUUAUUGUAUUGGUUCGAAUGAGCUCUUUGUAGGAUCCACACUCUUAGAAGGAGCAUGCCCCGAUAGGCUAAAAUUCUGUUCCGAUGAGUCCACAAACCCAACUGCGGGAAAAACCGUGGUAGAACUAGUACUCUUGGCCGAAAAUGACGAGCUUGGCACUGGGUUCCUGGCUGUGGAUCACGAAAAGCGCGUUGUGGUGCUGUCUUUCAGAGGCUCAUCUACUAACCAAGAUUGGCUCAGUGAUUUCGCAGUAUCCCCCACACCAUACGAGCCAGUCUCUAAAGAAUACUACAAAGAGUGGGUCGAGUCGGGUAGGAUCUCAGAUUGUGAAGGUUGUCUUGUUCACAGAGGUUUCGAUGUGUUUUUGAAAACACUGAGCUCCCAGUUUUUUGAUAGAAUUGAAGCUAUAUUCGACACUUAUCCUGAUUAUAGUCUAGUUGUCACAGGGCACUCGCUGGGAGCUGCAGUGGCUAGCUUAGCCGGUAUUGAGCUUCGUUUAAGAAACUAUGAUCCUCUCGUGCUAACAUAUGCCUCACCCAAUAUGUUUAACAGUAAGUUGAGGGCCUGGGUUGAUGAAUUGUUUGAAACCGAGCGCAUUCACAAAAUGUCAUUGGACGAGGGCGAAGUUAUGUUCCGCAGUGGAUUUUUCAGAGUCGUUCACGAUGGAGACUACAUCACAAUGGUUCCACCCUUUUACGAUCCAGCUGGUCUGGAGAUUGUCAUUACCGAACAAUUGCUUCCUCAAACGUUGAAAGAUCUAGAGUACCAUGGACCAUCCACAAGCGUUGUGUCAUUACAAGAUACGAACGUCUGCUCGACCAUGGGUUCCGCUGGAAGCGGACAGGGCCACAGAUUCUUGGGACCUUUGGAAAAGUGGCUUCAUAUGUACGAGCACCGCGCUUACUUUCUGCUCAUCAAUACCUGUGAUGAUUUCUAG